AUGGCGGCGGACAUGAAUAUCAAGGAACUUUUGGCUAUAGGAGAUUCUGAUUGUGAACUGCGUAAGAAGUUCCCCAAGAUCGAGUUCAAGCAUGUCCACAAAAUCCAGAAUGAGUUCACCGAUGCUCUUGCAACACUGUCAUCCAUGAUUCAAUAUCCAAACAAGAAUUACAUCGAUCGCAUCGAGAUAGAGAUCUCAAACCAGCAUGCAUAUUGUUUCCACGUAGGAGAAGAGCCAGAUGGAAAGCCUUGGUACCAUGACAUCAAAAGGUUCUUAGAGGUAAGAGAAUAUCAAGAGAAUGUAACUAACAGUCAAAAACGAGCAUUGAGGAGACUAGAAAAUCACUUUUUCGUUAACGAGGAAGUCCUAUAUAGGAGGAUCCUAGACAUGGGUCUGUUAAGGUGUGUAGAUGUUGCUAAAGCAACAAAGUUAUUGGAAGAGAUACACGCAGGAAUGUGCGAGCCUCACAUGAAUGGUUUCACUCUAGCCAGGAAGAUUCUAAGAGCUGGAUACUUUUGGAUGAUAGUGGAAGGGAUAGCAUUCGCUAUGUGCAGAAAUGUCACCAGUGUCAAACUCACGGGGAUCUCAUCCGGGUUCAGCCAAAUAAAUUAA